AUGAAAGAGAAGCAAAAAGAGUACGAAGAAGGUUGCUGCUUAUCUACUCAUUUCUUACUCAAUUUUUAGUUGCAGAUGCAGUAAUUUAGGCCCCAGUUAUUAUUGCGAUGUGUGACCAUUGAUUUUGGUUACAAGAGCAUUAGAUAAUCUUGGCUUUGGAGUUGGAAAUUUCAAAUUUAAUACCUACGAGAAUAGUUCCUUAGCCAACCACUUGAGACAACCACCACCCGCAACCCCCACCGUUUAGGCUAAGAAAUCGUACACCCUUGAUAAAGAAAAGGCAAGGAUUAUUGUUUCUUGCCUCGUGUGAAAAUUUUAAUUUAUAAAAGCAUAUUUUUCCCUCUAGGAAAGACCAAACGAUAUCAAUUUCCCUUUCUCGCCGCAAACGAAAUUCCUCAGUCACAAUGGACUGGUUCGUUAUCACAAGAGCCGGUGGCGCAACAGUCGCAACAGUCCUCGCUUCCAUUCUACGACAACCAAAUAAAUCAGUCUCCUGAAGGAAGCUUCACUGGGCAGCAGAAUCAGCUUAUGUCCUCACCUGCAGUGCCUAUUGCCACAAACGAAAUGUUUGACGAUGCUACAAACCGAGAUCAACUCACCUCCACAAGUCUGUCAUUUCUACAAAGUCAAUAUGAAACACACAACUCGCCCUCUAACGCGAAUAAGGUGGAUUAUUUUGAACCCAACGAGAGCCAAGAAACACCACCUUAUUUGGAUUCAAAGCAAUUCGCAGACAAUGGACCAACAAGGGAAGACUUAAAAACAAUCCAACCCCUCCUCGAGAGUGAGAAUGACAUCGCUAAAGCGAUUAUCAAAGAUUCGUGGUCACAAGGUAAGUUCAGGACCAUUUUCCUGCAAUGUUCUUUUGCUUCGUAGUUUGCGAUCAUCGUGCAAGUUAUGCUGGAGUUUCACGCUUUUCUUGAUGCAACAGAGAUGAGUUUCUUCUCAAACCGCGAGAAAAUCGUAUUGCUGUCUGUCAACCUGUUUGUCUGUCUGUAUAUAAUUCUGUCCAUCUGGUUGUACUGCUGUUUGCCUGCCUCGCAGUCUUCAAGCAGCCACCAAUAAAUGUUUGUUCGACAAGUAAAAAUUGAUUCGUCUUACAAUGGCUCAGCCAGAUUGUUGGACUGAUAACUGUUCAAUUUACAGAUACAGCACUUUCAUCUCCAAGACAAGCUGUCAGCGAGGGUCUGGCAACUUCACACCAAAUGGCUAACGUCGACUUGAACAACAAACCGGUUCUAAAAGAAAACCCCUCCAAGCAGGUCACCCAUAAUAAUCUCAUUUCGGACGAACUAAUUCACGCUGCCUUAUAUCAAGAAAAGCCUUCCAAGCAUGUAAACCAUAGUGAUUUUGUUUCAGACCAGGUCCUACCACCUAGCUCGAAUAAACAAGACCCAUCGUUUUCUUCACAAGCAUCAUUUUUGUCGUCCGCAAAAACAGUUAAUAAAAUUCCCAGUGACGACUCAUCAAUAUUGAUCACAAACUCAACAAAACACCACGGACACGAUUUAGUGACACCAUCGCUUAAAAUGAUGCCAUCCUUUGUGAAAAAUGAUUCCCUAGAGGCGAAUUCGUCUACUUCAGAUUCAAACAACGAAUGGUUUUCCAACGCCACAAUAGCUCAGGAAAAUACUACUGAGGCUUCUUCUAAGAACGACCAAUCAUCAACGAAAGAAUAUACGGCAGCCGAUUAUUUACAAAGUCUUUAUCCAGAACUAUCGGUCUUCAAAGCACCGUUUGAAAUUGAUGAAAAGAAUCCAUCCGCGUCGAAGGCUUCGUUUCUUCAUCAAUCAGAGCAUUUGUCAUCAUUGUCAUCAUUGUCAUCUUUGCUUUCCAGGAAUCGAACAGUUCACGAUAACAACUCUCUGACUUCAAUUAAGCUAGGUACUAAAAAUAUGAUUGGGUCGAACAAACUCUCCCCAGAAAUGCAACGUAAAAUUCAAAAGGCCCUCCUUAUGUCUUUGUUGCAUUCAGCUAAGUCUAGGGAGAGAUCCACGGUAAAACAAGGUUCUCACAUACGGGGGUACCUGUCUUCGGCAUCGGACAUGCUCUUGACAAGAUCGAGAAAGCUAUCAGGUAAGGAAGCACCAGGUUACAGGUAUCUAACAGAAGCUGGUGCCAAACUUCUGCCUGCGCAUAUUUUCUCACCACUUGGGAGUGAGUUUAAGGACUCACUAGGCUCCACUUCUCCUCCAUCUAAAUCAAGCCCCUUGCCACAGGUCCAAGCAAAUAGCAUACAACCGACAGAAGCAACCGCUGCUCCAAUUGAGCCAACCCAAAUGGGAAUAAUUCAGCCAAAAACUAAUGCUAAACUAGAACCUACCGGCCCUCCAGCCAUUGAACCAACGCAGGGUGGAAUGGUUCCUAGCCCACCGAAGGAUUCAGCCCAGAAAGAUACAAUUGGCGGAAGCAGAAUAUUAACUAAAAAUAGGGAAAAAGCAUCACUUUCGUCACACACAAAGAAGGUGAUAAAAUCGACGUUUGAAAAAGUAGCAGCUACAAAGAACUCUGAAAAUCUAAAAAAACAGCCUGGAUUUAUUCCAUCUCUAGCUGUGCCAACCGGGGCUGUGCUGUCCAAACCGGCCAUUUUAACUAAGGAGAGAUUUCUACCCUCUGAAAGUGAUUAUGUGAAACUGAAGAACAACGUGUUUGAGAAAGAUAAUGAUGUAAAAAACAAUCGGGAAAGAAAAAAACCAAAGAUUAAUUCUACUAAACAAAGAUCAUCCUCACAUGAGAUGACAGCAGUUGACAAGGGCCGGGCAGAAUCCUUAGUGUCUCCCUUACAGGAGAAGGCAAGGCCAGAAAGUCAGAAUUACCUAGGGAACAGUAGAUUUCACGUCUCAAAAAAUCCUGUGUCAGGCCUGUCACCAAAUCACCCCAGAGAACGAAGACAAUUAUUACUCCCAUUGCCACUCCUCCAAGGGAAUGGAAAUCCACAACAAUUUGAGCAAUCGUUAUUUCCUGGACAACUUCCUGACCCACCCUUUCUACCCACUUUGCCACAGCUGCAGCAACCAGUUCCACAAUAUUUACCAACGCAGUCUUUACCGGGUUUCUUACCACAGUUUGCCCCUGCUCCUCAAGCAAUGGAUCAACUUUCAUUGUUAGGACAACCAGGUAAACUCUUAACCCCUUUUUUAAAGCAGAUGUGAACAUUAAAUGUGUUACCUAAAGUUUCGGUUUCGCCCUCAUUUCAGGUGUAAGCAUUAGCUACUAUGUUCAUCCUCGGGGGUUCAUGCCUGUACAUGGGAGACUUUCCUGCAAAAAAAUCAACUCUGUCUCAUGAAACCUCGGAAAAUGUGUGUAUAGGUCAAUCGUCGCUAGCGAAUUUUAACGGCUACGAGUAUGUUGCUGACAAUUAUCCCCACCAUAAGAAGUAACUUACACUUUCCUUAUUCCAUGGAAUUUACCACAACCAUAAUGUAAGUAUUGCUGAUUGUAUUUAGGAUGGCAACGAAGGUGCUAAUUGACUCAUUAAAACGAUCGAGAAACCUUGCUAAAGAUAAACGAAAAACUAAACCAGUAUCGAAAGAAACCACCAAAGUACCGAUGGACAGCGACCUGCUUUAGGAAAGUCGGUGAUACACCAGUGAAUAUCUUUCCUACCGCUUUCAGGCAACGAAAUCGGCUGCUGAACCAGCAUUGCUAUAUACAUUGAAGAGAUUUAAAGAUCAGUGCUCUUUUUCUUUUUUUUUUCAUAGACGCCCGUUCUCAAUUUCCUCUGCAACAAGCGUUCAACGACCAAAUCCCUCAAACUCUAUUUGCACCUCAGCAGCCGUUUCCAGACUCUGGAAUCUCCUUUCGUGCACCACCUCAACCCUCACUACAGCAACUCAGCAGCACUUUAGGUUUGACUCCCAUUCAACACAUCUUGCCUCAGCGGGUUUCUCAAACAAGAAGCGGCUUCGCACCGAACGAGCCCAUGAACUCUUUUGGUCAAGACCUGUCACCCGUGACCGUCAAUGUUCCCAUGGCGGCGCCGCAAAAGAUUCCAAGUUUUUUGACCGCAAGUCAGGUGUACAAAGACUUUGAGGAUGUCAAUUCUAGGUCACAUCUGUCAGAUGAUAUUAUUAGAAGUCAAAGUAAGUUUUAAAUGUAAUCUGAUUUUCUUAACUUUAUCAGUCCGACUGACUCAUUUGCAAUCCCGGAAAAAGUACAGUGUCUUCAGCUCAGGGUUCUUUUGCUGUUGGAAAUAGCUGACUCGUGUGUCAUGAGAGAAAUAAUCAAUUUUCAGGCGAGUGUUGUGAGUUAUCCGGAAGCGUCUAGAUUCAGCUUUACUCAACGGUGAUCUCUUCACAAAUUUAUGAAAAUUUGGAUAACAAUCAGUAUCCUCAUGAUUACUCGAGGUGAUCCCGCUAGAAAUGAAUUUACUCCAGAGGAUGAUCAGUUGCCAGAAGAACCGAAGUACGACAAGUUCGCCUACGAAAAUGACAAGAAAAUGUGGGGAUUAGACAACGGCUAUAACGAGGACGAGGAUAUUGAUGGUAUGGGUGCACACGGUAGUAGAGAACACCGAUUACAUCACACCUUAGGUACGGUAGGAACUGAAAUGAUAAUGAUAUUACUGAUAAAUCAUUGUCCCUGUUGAAAAUAUACCUUAAAGAACUGAGUUGUGACAAAACGUAAACAUUUUCAGUUUCCUUAACUUGAUUUUUCAGAAUAUUCAGAUGGAAUUGACGAAUCGCAUUCCACUUCUAAACUGAGGUACGGCUCAGGAGGUAGAAGACAUUACCGUCCCAGACCUUUACAGAGCGAACAUUGGGUUGAUGAGGACACUGUUGACCAACUGAAUGGAAAAGAAAUCAUUGGACAUAAUGAAGGAAUAGAUGAAGAGUUAAACGAUGUUGGAGCUCACCCUGCAGGUGCGGAUAAAAAAUAUUAAUUUCAUGAAUUCAUUUCACUGUCAUUCUACAGUCACAGUGUCGUAAACUAGUUUGCAAUUAUAAUAAAAUGUUUCUUUUGGGAGUAGGAAAGUACACUUUCAUCAAAGCCAAAGAUGACAUGGGCCGUUCCACUUCUUCACAAUGAGCAAAACUCAUCGGCAGAAUGCAAAGAGGAUUUUUAGAACUACGCAAGAGAUAUCACCAUUAGAUGUUGUUAAAAUUUCUUCCUUGAUCUUAAUGAAAGUCUAUUAGGUCUUUGAGGCCUAUCAACAGAGCGUUAAUUUGAUUUUAAAACUUUUUGCCUGUUUUGUUACAAUUUAUGUAAACUUUGGUCGAUCAACGGGGAACAGUGAGUUUAAUUCAUCUCUUUUGGACGAGUAAAAGCUAUUUCGCAGACAGAUGAUUUUUGGAGUAUCCCGGAUGAAUUGACAUCAAAUACAUUUGUACUGUUACAUGCAUCAUUGCAGUUAUUGACUUUUUCCCUCAUUUAUUUACACACAAAUGUAUGAUUUAUGUCAUAACGCGCAGAUGAAACGACUGAAAAUGCUAUAAAAGAAGACUCGUACCAGACUCCCCAUCACAAACACCACCAUUCCCUGAAGUACACUAGACCCAGUUCAGACGAUGAAGAAGGUGACGAUGCCAGUGAAAACACCAAAACAAUGGAAUCAGAAAAAGGUGUACCAGUCAGCGAUACUGACACAGUUGAACCAGACACAGACUCAUCUGAAGAUGGCGAACAGGAUCAUCAAUCUGAAGCAAACACCUCAAAUGACAAGACUGAAAGGAACGAGGAACUUCAGGAUGGUUUGGAAGGUUUGUUCUAAAAUCUAUCGUUUAACUCCUAGAAUGGUACAAAGUCUGAUAAGUGCAGUGGCUAUGAGAUUUAACAAAUCUCGAUCUAAUUAUAUCUCAUGGUCAGAUUUUUGGAACUUGCCCAUGCACAAAGUUUUACAGCCUUCCACUCAUAAUGAGCGAAUUAUUCACUAGAGAUUUGUCAGUGAUAAUAAGAGAGCAAGAAAACAGAAGAUUGUACACGAUUGGGUAACCCUCAACAUAGACUAUACAGCACUUUUUUUUCCGUAUCUGAUUUUGCCAACUUUAAGAAUCAGUUACCGGGGCUACCUCGUCUAACUUCGAUUAUUCUGGAAAACGCACCUUCGUAUAACGUCAUCUCAUUCAAUUUACUUCAAAGUGGUUUUAUUAUCGUCACGCAUUGAAUUAAAACAACGCCCGUGAUUCUCUUUAUCUAAGAGAUAUUUUCACCUGAACAGAAAUGUUAGUCGAUAUUUUAUUCCGUAGAAUCUCCAAGUGAAGAAACUCCAAGUGUUUUCCCUUCAACUACCUCCUCAGUGUCCGCACCCAAGCCAAGUAUGUUGGAUAUGAUCAUUACCGUUGUAAUUUUAAAAAAAUUCCUCGGGGCAACUUCUCCCCGCCAUAAGUCAGAGCACUUUUGAGUUAACUGUCAAAAUUAAUUCUGGAUCGCCUUGUUUCUGCUAAACGCUUUGUAAUUGGUAUAAAAAAUAACUCACACCGGUUUUUGGGCCAAAAAUAAGACUAAUGGCGGCUUAGUCAGUCGCGUUUUCUCGCGCUUUUUCUCAAGUAUUUUUCUUGGUUUACUUUGAGCUGUAUUGCCCCUUUAAAUUUACUUUUGUCCCGAUUACCCGUUGUGAUUACUUUAGUCGAAAAGUACUUCCUAAUAAAAAAAAGACAGGAGCAAGCUUGAAGACGGAGAGUAUUUAGGGAAUGGACUCACAAUUGCAAACUUAGCUUUCUCGUCGGCUCUUCUUUCAGCAUUGCGCUGGGAGCCGUUUAUGGGCUCAGUCAUAUACAGGAAAUGACGUCGAAUUUUGUUAAAAAAUAGAGAGUUAGUAAGCAUCGAUAUUUUAUAACCUAUCAGAGAUAUAGAGCUUGCGUCGCAAGUAACAAACCAUGCAAUAAUUUUUCAGCGCCAGGGCCACCUUCAUCAUCCAUGAGAGAAGAAAUAAUCAGGAAACUGGGUGGGUCUAUCUUUCUGAUUUAAGGUCCUUACGUAGUACUGCUUUGCUCAUCCUUAGUGCGCAUAAUUUCUUGGCUUUUUCUAACUGGUCAGAGCUGGCCAGAGAGGUAAAGCGUCAUUCUCAUGCAAACGAGAAUUUUGACCCAUCUUUUUUUCCUAUUUUUUGGAAAUGAGCAUUGACUUUUUUCCCGUAAAAUAAACAUAAACCAAUUCUCAGUGUAGGAGAAGGAAUUCAACUUUCGGAAACGCGAAUUUAGCAAGCACUCAUAAAUAAAACUGUUAUGAUAUUAUAGGAAUUAUAUGGGUAUCUAGAAGGUACUCCUAAAAGAUCACGAGGAUCCCCUUUUCUUAUUUCAAAAUUUGUGUUCCUGUAAGAUAAACAACCAAUAGUUAAAGUUUGACAAAAAUCAUCUCGGUGCAGGUUGUACUUUAGAGGAGUGACCUUUAAGUCAGAAUCUAAUAGCUAAUUAGUAACUGAAAUAUGCAGCUACAUCUAAGAGCUGUGUGGAUAAAAGAGGUUUCAAAGCUACACCAAUUAAUCAUUUCAUUUGCUUAAUAUAUUUUUUUCUCAGCUAGAAGUGCUGUUAUGCACUUGAAUUUUGACGGGAAGCCUGUCAAGCCUGACGAUAACGUUGUACAUGAUCAGUCUGGGAAUACAAACGACGCUGAUCUUGCCAACGGAGCUGAAAUAUCAAACCGGACAAUGGGUAUGGGAAUACAAAGUAAUGUUAAUUUCUGUGAAAACGGUGAGUGAUAGUAGCGCCGAGCGAAAAACAGAGGAAGCUAUAGGGCGUAUCGUUCCCGUAGACAGUCUUAACCUGCUUCCUUUUGCCUGCCCCCUCUGCGCUACUGGUGCGCAACGUUUUCUUACUGAGCCGGCUAUAGUAUAGUUGUUUCUGUGAUCAAAAGUGAUGAACACGGUGAUCAGAGCACAUUUGAUCACACAUUUGUGAUUUUCAGGCUCGUGUGGUCGUGUUGCUGAUCUUAAACACGGUGAAGUAUUGUACAAAGCUAACCACUUCACCAGGAAACCGACCAAAGCAGCUUCCAUAGCCAUGUGGAUUAAGUCUCGAAAGCCUGGUCUCGUUCGAUGGUUUGAUGUCGACGACGGUAAGGAAAAGGACAGUGCCAAGAAAAUGGUGAAAGUUCCAAAGAAUCAGUGGAUUCACCUGGCAGGAACUUUUGACUCUAAGGAUGGAGUUGCAAGAGUUUAUGUAAAUGGUAAAUUGAUUUCUGAAACAGUCGGCAAGAAAAAUAAAGGUCUGCCUGACGAUUUUACGGCCACGGGAAUAGGACAGAAAUUUGGCGAUAAGUUCAUCUCCUUUCUAGAUGAUGUUUUCAUGUUUGAUCGAGUUAUAACCCCAGCAGAAGUUAAAAUGCUCUAUAAAAAGUGCGAGUUUAAUCGAAUGGUCCUGCACUACGGAUUCCAAAAAGCGAACGUGUCUACUCACCAGGUAAUGGAUCAGUCAGGUCUGGAUAACAAUGCUACUCUGGAGGGAGGUAAGAGAUGGAGAAAUUUUGUUUUGGGUGUCGAGAGAACAGCGGAUUUCUUUAGUUUUGAUUAGUUAAGGAAAUUUCCGCUGACCCUUCAACCAAUCAGAUGCAAGAAUAAAACCGAAUUGGUCCCUCGCGUUUUCAUGCACUUUAAGAAGUUUGCGCGGUGAACUUUGAAUUCUUAUUGGCUUUUUGUGAUAUUUUCCUACGAUCUGAUUUGCUGUUAUUAUAUAUUUAACUCUGGUACUUGUCUCGCGAAAUUUAAUUGUAAAGUGUUGUACAGCUGUAAUAGGGUGCAUUUGAAAACCUCUGUUUCGCAACACAGCAUACGAACUUUCCCUGAUCCUUACUUUGACGGAUCAACACAUCAUCGAACUAUUGCAGAAAAAUACCCUUCAGUGUCAAUCUAAUUUCCACGUACUCUGCCAUAAGGCAUGCGGGGCAACCAAAUGCACGCAAUUCAAAAGUAGCAACAUACAUUGAUAUCUAAGAAUUUUGAAACUGAAUUUAAGGAAGAACAUUAUCUUAUAAUGUGCAGCGGGCCGUGGGUGAGGCUGAUCUGUUCAAAAGUAGCAACAUACAUUGAUAUCUAAGAAUUUUGAAACUGAAUUUAAGGAAGAACAUUAUCUUAUAAUCGACGAGCGUCGCCCCUUCAUAUUGAUGUUUUGGUACACCAACAAGGCAACUGAAAUCUGUUCAAACAAUAGUAUUUAUGAGUCACUCGUAACGUUUCAUGAACGCACUGGCCUCUUCGUUAGGCCCCUGAUGUUAUUUCAGUGGGUCAUAUUAUAUAGAGUAACACCCAUAUACAGAUUUAAGAGUGGCUAUGGUUUCAAUCCUAAUUUCAGGAGCACACAUCUUAAACAGUGGUUGUGACAAAUGCGGCGCAUGUUUAGACGCAUCCAACGAUAAAAUGCCAAGUGUGUACCUGGAUGGGAGAAACUUUCACCACAAACCUACUACGGCUAUUUCGAUCGCAUCCUGGAUCAGUUUGAACCGAACCAAGGGACGUCAUUCUAUAUUCCAGGCCGUGAGUAACAAAUACAACGACGAAUGGCACGACAUUUACAACUUGGAGGUAGUAAACGGAAAACUUCACUGGCGACACAAAACCUCAAACGGUGACGUAGCGUUUGACGUCAAAACUGACGAUGUCGCCAUACCUGAAGGGCUCUGGAGUCACGUGACUGCCACGUACAGUUCAGAAUCCGGUGACGCAAAGAUUUACGUGAACGGUUUGCUGAAAGGAACUUAUGGCAAUCCCCGAAAACCAAAGCUUUCCGAUUCUUGGGGUCGCAUUUUAAUAGGGGGUCAUCUACCUGAUGGCAAAAAUUUUGGUGGCCUCUUGGAUGAGAUUUUCAUAUACAACUGGGAACUGGAUCAGUCUGAAGUGCGUUUUGUGUUAAAAUACUGCGCUGAUAAACCAAAGCUUGUGUCCUUUACGGUACGUGUGCCGCUGUUCAAAAGACAAAGAGUUCAGAGUGCUCCUACAGCCUUGCGAUAUUUAUAGUCACAGGAAAUUUGCAAAUAGAGGGCACGUGGUAAUAAUGUUGAAAACAUUUGGGAAUGGGUUUUGAGAAAGCCGCACGCUCUGCAGCUUUUCACAGGCUGACAAUUCGUUAUUGAUCGUUGAUAACUCGUUGCAAUUGCGAAAAUAAAAGUGAUAUUUGAGGUUCGACCAUGAAAGUUGACUCUGAAUCAUAGAUACAGAGUUAGUAUCAGAGGCUCUCAAUGGGUUCAACCUAUAGCCGUAAAACGGCCGAAGAGUUUAACCUUUAGG